UCUUAUGUCAAACCGUGCUGUUAAUUGUUAUAUUUAUUUUUGGAAAUCCGUGAUUGAAGCGGAUAUGUGGUGGAUAUAAUUAAAUGUUUCUUGAAACAUGGUAAUAUAUUUUGACCAGAAUGUCUACCGAUAAUUGCUUAGUGAAAGCAAUAUACUCCUUCAAGGGUAAAAACAAUGAUGAGUUGUGCUUCAAGAAGGGUGAUAUUAUCACUGUCACACAAAAAGAAGAAGGUGGGUGGUGGGAAGGAACAUUGGGUGAAACAACAGGAUGGUUCCCUAGCAACUAUGUCACAGAAUAUAAAGAUGCAUCAGGUUCACUCACAACUUCACCAAUAAGGGCAGCUUCAGAGAUCCAAGCUUUUAGGAAUGUAGUGCUAAAGGAUAUAAUAGACUCUGAGAAGGCCCAUGUGGCAGAGAUGCAAGGCUUGGUUAGCAACUUUUUGCAACCAUUGGAGAAAAGUGAUAUGCUCACUAAAGAUGAGUUCAGGCAGUUAACGGGUAAUAUAAAUGAGGUAUUACAAGUCCACGAGCAAUUUCUAACUUUAUUAGAAGAGUGUGCAAUGAAGACGGGGCCUGACCAACGUGUAGGAGGACUGUUCCUGCAGUGGGCUCCUAAAAUUAAAGCAGUUCACCAAACAUACUGUGCUGGCCAUCCAAAAGCUGUUUGCAUUCUAGAUAAAUACAAAGAAAAUCUUAACACAUGGAUGGAGAAUGCAGGUGCAGUAUGUCCAGGAGUUUUAGUAUUGACUGCUGGUUUAUCAAAACCGUUUCGACGUCUUGGCAAAUAUCCUGCGAUGUUACAGGAACUUGCAAGGCAUGUUCACGAAGCACACCCUGACAGAGGCGAUACGCAUCGAGCUUCAGUUGUGUAUAAAGAUAUUGCUAGUGCCUGUGCUGCGUUAAGGAGACAAAAAGAACUAGAACUUCAAGUAGUAACGGGUGAGGUUCGAGGUUGGCCUGGAGGUGAGCUCACCUCUCUGGGAGAUGUUUUACAUAUGGGCAGUGUUGCAGUAGGCCCCUCGCAUCAAGACAGAUAUCUUGUACUUUUCCCUUCUGCUUUGCUCCUCUUAUCAGUGAGCAAAAGGGUAUCUGCAUUUGUUUACGAAGGAUGUCUUCCAUUAACUGGCAUUACAGUUUGCAAGCUUGAUGAUACAGAAACUAGGAAAAAUGCAUUUGAAAUUAGUGGCCCAAUGAUAGAUAGAAUAAUAGCAGUGUGCCAAACAAGGGCUGAAGCUGAUAACUGGGUGAGCUUGCUCCAGAAACACUCGAACAAUAGCAGUCCGUCUCAUGAUCCCACACAGCCACAAUCUCUGCCACAUUUGACCCGCUCUCCUUCCGAAGGGGCGUUGUCUAGUAUCAACAGUACCCGCCGCAGCCUUUAUCACGUGACGCUGCCGCCGUCUAGUUACCCAUCUGCGUCACCUUACUAUUCACUCACGAAAUAUUUCGCAAGACUUGUUAAGAAAAAAGUUAUUACAAGACAGAUGCUACGCAAACUAUUACACGAAAAGACGUGGGCUAAAGCGUUUGAAUUGACAGGCUACCCGGUCAGGCGAAGGCACAAAAAUCAUAUCAAUCUCAAAAUCGAUGACGAUGGUACGAUUGCUACAGAGACAGAAUGCUCUGACAGUGAUCGGAAUUCAGAGGAUAGUGACAGGGAGAUGGAAACGACAGAUUAUUCAAACUCGAGUUGUACUGACGCCGAAGCAUCUAGUUCAAAUAAUAAUCUUAUUAUAAGACAAAAUGCUAUGGACAGUAUCGGUCCUAGGACUAUUUCGUCGUCAUGUAGUAGUUGGGGAAGUAACUUUGGAUAUGUGCGAUAUUUCGACACAACAAAUGAUAUGCAGUGUGACAUGCCGCAAACUACUGUUGUAGGCGACUGCACGAAAAACAUAUUUGUGUCCCUUCCGUCAGAAACAGAUCUUAGAGACUCAAAUGAGUAUCCUGUACAAAGAUCAUCCAAAGCCAAUAAUUUAAAUGUAAAUAAACAUUCCGAUAGUGCUGAAAAUUCUAGUUUUGAAAUAAGGAAUUAUAUGGGCUGCGAGGAUUUGGUAAAUAUGGAUCAGAAUAUACAAAUUAGUAAUCUGGGCAAUGAAGAAACUGAUUAUAUUCAAACACGGCGAAGUUUUCCAAACUUCAUUGCACGUAAUGAACCAUAUCCUAAGCUUUGGAAGUCAAACGAGGAAUAUUACAAUCGAGAAGACGAUGACAAUAAUAAUGUUAUCAUGGCUGACUUGCUACAAGUCUUAGACCCACCCUCGCCUAACCAUUGUCGUGACUUUCCUGUCGAUCCAAUUAUAAUCGACCCUCCACCUAUGUUUCGAAACGAAGAUGAAGAUCUAAAAAUCUUAAAUGUAAAUCUUAACGCUAACAUACCUUUUCGCAAACAUUCAAUCAAUUCGGAUAAAAGAAUACGAAGAUCGAUGUCAAGAUCUAUGGUAGAAACUGACAAUAAUAAAAAGAAUAACAACCCUCAUCUUGAGAGAAUGAGUUCUCAGUCGGAGACAUCUAAAGUUCGGCGAAAAUGUGAAUGUUGCAAUCGAUCUUUAUGUCCGAGUCCCAGAUCAUCAGAUUCUGGGGUAGCAGGUAGCUGUAAUUUGGCAUCUCCUGACUUAAAUAUGCAUGGAACCGACUCUGACAGUCACGAAAAAACAUUGGAUCAUAUGACGGAUUCUCUCAAUAAUUUGUCACAAAACACAUUCAAUCAUCGAAAGUUAACGUUAUCAGAAAUAGAGGCAGCUAACUAUGAAGAUCAGUGCAGAUGUACGUCACCUUUUGGAUCUACCGCUAGGACAUCUUGUGUCACCAGCGUCACUUCAGAAAGUAGCUUUGAUGUAAAAGAUUUGUCCAAUACGAACGUGACGUCCACCUUUGCUGCCAACCCUCCUUUGUCGUCGUCUCAAAUUAAAAGGACUUCUAUACGCAGGCAUAUCGAUAGAUACGUUCCGGAAAUCAAAUUAAAACCUGAAGUACCACCGCGUAUUUAUCGGAAGCCCAGUACUCAUAUGGAAUUUCCUAAAAAUGUUCGGCAACCUAUGCCAUGUCAGUGGAGCACACUGAAUAUCACGGAACGCUCGAAACCCAGUUUACAUUAUCACAUGCGAAUAUACCGGGAGAAACCUAAUGAAAGUAACAAUAGAAUGUCUCGAAAGGAUAUAUCUAGGAAUUGCGAUAUUUAUAACAAAAUAAAUAAACAAAGCAGUGAUAAAUCAUCAGCAAUACCAAAAACCCGAUCCCGUAGUGAAGAUUUGUCGAAAAUGCAGAAUUGUUUGACGGAAGCUCAAACUGGCUUCAUGGUGUAUCGCUCAGACUUGUAUGCCCAUUGGUGGAUGAAAGCCAAAUUACCAAUUACCGUGGUCACCGACUCAGGCAAGGAUUAUUUUUUUAUGGCCAUGAGCGACAGCAAUAACGAACUCUCGUCGGGCCUCACUAACCACAAAAGAUCACAUUCAUUCAACAAUCACCAAAGCUACACACAGCACACGCAACAGACUCAGAAGAGUAAGCAAAAGAACCAAUCUGCGCGAUGGCUUCUCAAUUCCUGCGACUCGCUUGAUCAAUCGCCCUCCAAAACUAACAAAGUUCCCAUCGGCAAGAAGUUCUCCUCUGUCGACUUUAUCGACGCAGCUGACUCAAAUUAUGGCAGCAAAGGGUGGAGCAUAACCUGUCUACGUCCGGCACCACCCCUCAGGCCGCAGUCCUUCACAGUAGGCUCCGAUGAGAACAUCGGUCCAACGCACCCGUACGCCCCGCACCAACGAAAGUCUAACUCAUACGAAGAAGAUGCGCUUAUACUUAAAGUUAUCGAAGCAUAUUGUACUUCGGCCCGCUGUAGGAACGCCGUCAGCUCUGUGGACUGCGGCCACUUUUCUCUCGGUAAAGUACAAUAUCACGCACCCGCUACUAACAUACCUCACUUUAACUACUCGAAAUUACCAGUCGUACAAAGGAGCGAAACACCGGAGCCAUCCGGCAGGGGCAAGACGACUAAAGUGAAACGUAACAAAAGUUCCUCAGCGGCAGACGCGUACUUGUUCCGGGCUCCAGAAACUCGAAAGUUGCUCUCAGAGCGAAAGUUCCAAUUGAACCGUUCAAACCCUAACUUAUGGGACUGUUCGGAGCGUCGUCGAACGAACUGGAUGGGUGGAUACGAACGGCGCAGCGGGUCACAACCGAGUCUGGCGCCGCUGCGCGCUACGGUCACGCCCGCGCCCGCACCAGUCGCCCGCUCCGCCCGCUCCUCAACCUGGUGCUGCGGAACGUUUGUCAAGCAGCUCACGAAAUCGCAUCACUUCGAUUGACACUAAUGUACUCCUCCUGAUUGAAGCUCACGAUUUUCCCCUUAAUCCUGUUACUGGAUCAUUUUAUUAUAAUAUUCGUCCCAUACCGCUGUCGCAUUGUUCAACUAGAUGUGCGUGAUUGAUCAUGACGAGUGUCCAGUUUUUUUUUUAAAGAAUCAUUCAUUAUAUGUACUAACUAUUGAUUUCAUAAAAUCCUAAUAAGCCAUAGUCAUAUAACCUCCAACAGAAACUUUGUGAUGGAAUUGAGACGCAUGACUUGAUGCUGUUUUAUAUGUGCCAUUUUAUAAAGGCUUAUGCGAUGCCAGUUGAGAAAUGUUAUCUAUGUGAACAUAGAUUUGUUUAUUUUAAUGUAUAAGUAGUGCAUGAUUGCAGUAUUAUUCGAAUAGUUAUGUAUAUCAAUAUGUUAGUUGCUUUUUACUUAAUAUGAUGGUGAAGCUAUUAGUUUCGCGUACCAACGUGCAUGGUGUAGUUUCAAAUUUCUUUAAAUAUUAUAUAGACUUUUGAUGUUUCAGCUAU